GCAGCGGCGUCUCGUGCUCGGCCCGGGCCCUGAUCGCGCUCGGCCCCCGGCUCCUGACCCGCGCCCCCCGCACCCGCGCUCGGCCCCGCGGAGCAGCGGCCAUGCCGCCGCGGCGCAGCAUAGUGGAGGUGAAGGUGCUGGACGUGCAGAAGCGGCGGGUGCCCAACAAGCAUUAUGUCUACAUCAUCCGGGUCACAUGGUCCAGCGGCUCCACGGAGGCCAUCUACCGGCGCUACAGCAAGUUCUUCGACCUCCAGAUGCAGAUGUUGGACAAAUUCCCCACGGAGGGCGGCCAGAAGGACCCCAAGCAGCGCAUCAUCCCCUUUCUGCCUGGCAAAAUUCUCUUCCGGCGGAGCCACAUCCGGGACGUGGCCGUCAAGCGCCUGAUCCCUAUCGACGAGUACUGUAAGGCCCUGAUCCAGCUGCCCCCCUACAUCUCCCAGUGUGACGAGGUGCUGCAGUUCUUUGAGACGAGACCUGAGGACCUGAAUCCACCCAAAGAGGAGCAUGUUGGGAAAAAGAAAUCUGGGAGUGACCCGACCUCGGUGGACCCCAUGGUCCUGGAGCAGUACGUCGUGGUGGCGGACUACCAGAAGCAGGAGAGCUCAGAGAUCAGCCUCAGCGUGGGGCAGGUGGUGGACAUCAUCGAGAAGAACGAGUCAGGUUGGUGGUUCGUCAGCACCGCUGAAGAGCAAGGCUGGGUCCCCGCGACCUGCCUGGAAGGGCAGGACGGUGGGCAGGAUGAAUUUUCCCUGCAGCCUGAGGAAGAGGAGAAAUACACAGUCAUCUACCCAUACACGGCUCGUGACCAGGAUGAGAUGAACCUGGACAGAGGGGCCGUGGUAGAGGUCAUUCAGAAAAACCUCGAAGGCUGGUGGAAGAUCAGGUACCAGGGCAAAGAGGGCUGGGCCCCAGCUUCGUACCUGAAGAAGAGCAGCGGGGAGCCCUUCCCCCCGAAGCUGGGCCCUGGCUCGUCUGCCCACGUGGGUGUCCUUGACCUGGAUGGAGUUUCCCGGCCACAGAACUCGGUGGGCAGGGAGAAGGAGCUGCUCGGCAACCAGAGGGACGUCCGGUUUGAAGGCCGUCCGGUGCCAGACGGCGAUGUCAAGCCGAGAUCACCCAAGAUGAGGCAGAGACCCCCUCCUCGCCGGGAUAUGACCAUACCUCGAGGUCUCAACCUGCCCAAGCCCCCCAUCCCGCCUCAAGUGGAGGAAGAGUAUUACACCAUUGCCGAAUUCCAGACAACCAUCCCCGAUGGCAUCAGCUUCCAGGCGGGCCUGAAGGUCGAGGUGAUCGAGAAGAACUUGAGUGGCUGGUGGUACAUUCAGAUUGACGACAAGGAAGGAUGGGCCCCGGCAACCUUCAUUGACAAGUAUAAGAAGACCAGCAAUGCCUCGAGACCCAACUUCCUGGCUCCGUUGCCCAACGAGGUGACCCAGCUCCGGCUGGGAGAUGCAGCAGCAAUGGAGAGCAACACAGGUAGUGAGGCCAGCGGCCCCUCUCGGCCCCUGCCCGAUGCCCCGCUCGGUGCCACGGACCCUGGGGUACCAUGGUCCAAAGACUGGAAAGGGGGUAAGGAGGGCCUGAGAAGGGGGUCUUCAGACGUGUUGUGUGCUGGCUAUGAGGAGAUCUCGGACCGUGACCUGGAGGAGAAGCCCAGCCUGCCCCCCCGGAAAGAAUCCAUCAUCAAGUCCGAAGGGGAGCUGCAGGAACGGGAGCGGCAGAGGAUGGAGCAGCUCCGGGGCCCCUCGCCCAGGCCUCCUGGCACGGUGCUGCCGAUGAUCCCGGCCAAACACAACCCCCCAGCCCGGGACGGCAGGAGGCCAGAGCCCAGACCUGACAAAAGCAAGUUGUUCCAGCUGAAAAAUGAGAUGGGGCUGGAAUGUGGCCACAAAGUAUUGGCCAAGGAAGUGAAGAAGCCCAACCUCCGGCCCAUCUCCAAAUCCAAAGCUGACCCACCGGAGGAGAAACCAGAAGCCAUUCCCCAGAAUCCCUUCUUCAAGUCCAAACCUCAGGUUAGGCCAAAGCCAGCUUCUUCCCCCAGGACAGAGCCACCUCAGGGCGAAGACCAAGUGGACAUCUGCAACCUCAGGAGCAAGCUCAGGCCUGCCAAGUCCCAGGACAAGCCCUUGUUGGACGGAGAGAGCAGCCACCAGGCCAGUGGGGGCCAAGACCUGCCCGUCAGCCGCAGCUUCCUCCCGGGGGAGGGGCCUGGCCGCGCACAGGACUGGACAGGCAAGCAGGACGGGCUCAGCCCGAAGGAGACCCCCUGCAGAGCCCCUCCAAGGCCAGCCAAGACCACGGAUCCUGUGCCUAAGAAUGCGCCCGUGCCUCUCCAAGAGGCACCCCAGCAGAGACCCAUGAUCCCGCCCCGCAGACCACCGCCCCCCAAGAAAACCUCCUGCUCCAGGCCACUCCCAGAGGCCGGAGGGCCGCAGCGGGAGGCCGGUGAAGGCCGGGCAGCUCCUGCCCCAGGCCGCGCCCUACUGGUCCCUCCAAAAGCCAAACCUUUCCUCGCCAACUCCUCAGGGGGCCAAGAUGACAAUCCAGGCAAAGGCGGGCUGGGCCUGGGGCCGAGGAUGGUAGGCAAGAUCGGAGAAAACAGGGAGAGGGUGGCCGCAGCCCCCCUCCCCGGUGCCGACAGCCCGAAGGACUUGUAUGUGGCCGUGGCCAACUUUGAAGGCGAUGAAGACACGAGCAGCUUCCAGGAGGGGACAGUGUUCGAGGUUCGAGAAAAGAACAGUAGUGGCUGGUGGUUCUGCCAUGUCCUCAGCGGGGCGCCCUCCUGGGAAGGGUGGAUUCCUUCCAACUAUCUCAGAAAGAAGCCCUAGCCGCCGCCUCCUCCCCACUGUCGGGAGGGCCUGUGAGUCCCUGCUGGUUUUGCCCACAUAUUUAAUUCGCCUCUUAAUUUAUCAUUCUCCACGCAGCUUCGGAGGAAGGAAGGCUCUGGGGAACUGUGGUUUCUUCCCUCCUAUGGGUAGUCGGCCCUCCCACCGUGGCAGCCCCUUGGGGCUCAGAGGCCACGCGCUUGCUCUCUCUCCACUCACAGUCCCUGCCUUAAAGGCCAGUGGCAAUGCCACCAAGCUUCCCUGCCCGCCCGGCAGCGCCACCGUGACUCUCCAGGGCCUCCAGGACCAGAACCCCCUCAUCUGGAGAAACCACACAAAGGGUUUCUCAUUGCUUGGACCCAGCGAAGGGAGGGGCAGCCCCGGCGGUCCACGACAGCUUAUGCCAACUCCUCCGCAUGCUGAAGAGCCCGGUGACUUUCUGUUCACCCGGCUUCCAAAAUGCCUGGCGCCAAACAAGGACUUCAGCCCAUAGAAGUGGGCUCUGUGGCCAAUCCCAAGGGGGUGUCCUCCUCUCCAGAUACUCAGGCCCCUGGGGCUCUCGGGUUUGACCCAUGUGGCCCAUCCUGCCUCUCAUCUUCUGUCUGGGGAGCCCGAUGGGUCCAGAAGGGAUGUGUCCAGCCCGGAGCUUGCUGUACUGCCACACUCCAGACGGUCUCCGCCCCACCCUGGGGCGUGUCACUCUGUCCGCUGGGAGCAGGAAUCUCAAUGUUUGUUUGAAAGGGGGACCAUCCCCAAGCCACGCUCCUAUAUGAGCAACCCCCUGCUGAGUAGCUAGUCAGUGGCAGACUCCGUGCACCGCACUUGACAUUCACAUUGAACCCUCUCUUGUGAGAGCACACUCCUUCCGUAGAGGAGGAAAUUGGGGUUCAGGGUGCCCCGGGCACACUAGCUAGAAGGAAAGGGGAGAGGGUGUGAAUCCAGGCCAGCCUGACCGCCAGGCCUGCUCCCUUCACCCUGGAACAGGCCGGCCAGGCAGGGGGAGGGAGAAGCGUGGGGGUCAGAGCCCUGUGUUUUGCUCCCGUGCUGGUGUCCCAGAGGGAGAGAGCUGAGGCCACCGAGGGAGACGAGGUGGUCCCUCGUGCCUGCCUUGAGGGGCCCUGGUGGCUCUAGGACCAGCCGCUAGUUCUCCCGUCAAAGCAAUGGUCCCCUCAGGUGACAGGGACCCAAGGGCCAGGCAGAUGCCUCCUGUCACACUCUGCUGCUGCGCUCUGGUGUUCAUAGUUUUCUUUCCCCCUGGCACUGUCCUUCUCUGUCACCCUGGGAGGAACCCAGGGCAGCCCUCCUACCCAUUUCCAGGGUGUGGUUCACCUAGAGUCAUGGUCACGUACAGAACCAGAACCAGGUCCCCAGGCUGCCAGCUCCCCACAGGGAGCUUCUGCGGGAGGACCAGGCUGCCCGGGGGUGAAAGGACAGUGCCCCUCCCCCCCCCCCCCGCCCUAUCCUGCCCCAGAGUCACCCGUUCAGAGGGUCCCUUGGCUGUAAUGCUUCUAGAACCACAAAGCCAGCUUUCCUGGGGAUGCUCGCUGGCCACCUGCCGUGCAGGAGGUCCUCUCCCCUCCCCACACCCCCCACCACGUGGACCCUGGAUGUGUCUGUAGGAGGAGCUUCCUUAGUCCUAUUCAGUCCUGUUCUUGAC